AUAUUAUGCAGACGAUUUUGUACGUUUAAUUGUGUACCCAGAUAUUUAUCUCUUCGUUUGGAGUCUAAUUAUUCAGUUUUCAGUGACUGAAUGAUGCAGAGUUCAUCUCUUCUAUGUUCUUCAAAUUUAUUCUCUCCAUUACCCCAUAUCUCUACCUCUCAGCGACCCACAGUCGCCUUUCGAAGUCGAUGUGUUGGUCUGGUGUCCACUUCUUCAUGCUUUUAUCAACUGCCCUUAAAUUCUUCGCAUGCUAACCAACAUGCCCUCUCUCCUCUGCACAGUACUGCUAUGCAAGUGACUGUUGAAACCAGUAAGACCGAACCAGAAUUUGUUGAAAUUGGGUAUAUAUGCAAUGUUCAUGGGCUUCAAGGAGAGGUUCGGGUAAAACCCAGCACUGAUUUCCCUGAAUUGCGAUUUUCCAAGCCAGGGAGAAGAUGGUUGAGGCAACAAUUUAUGGGGAGAAGUACAAUUCAAGAAGUUGAGUUGGUGGAGGGAAGAGGAGGACACCCUGGACAGAAGAGUUGGAUUGUUAGAUUCAGGGAAAUAGACACAGUAGACCAGGCGCAGCAACUCGUCGGGUCAAUCAUACUUGUAAGGGAAGAAGAUAGACCAGAGUUGGAGGAAGGCGAAUUUUAUACCCGUGAUCUUGUUGGCAUGAGAGUUAUUCUCAAGGAAACUGGUGAACCAGUGGGAACUGUUGUAAAUGUUUUCGACAGUGGUGCAAGCGAUCUUUUACAUGUCAUGCUUAAUUCAUCCACUGAAAUGCCUGAUGGAACUGGAAAGCAAGAACCAAAUGGAGGUGCUUCUGCUCCUCUUGUGUGGGUUCCGUUUGUGGAAGCAAUUGUUCCAAAUGUUGAUAUUAACAGAAGAGAAAUGCUGAUUACACCUCCAAAGGGGCUCCUUGAGUUAAACAUACGCUCUGAUGAGAGGUCCAAGAAAGAAAGGCGCCAGCUUGAAUGGAAGCAAAGGAAAAAGUUUCAACAACGUCUCAUAGCAGCAAAAAAGAAACUGUGUGAAAUGGAGCAGAAACAUGUUUUUCAUGGGUUUAGAUUUGGAGAGAAAGCCCAAACAAGCUUGCUUGCAGAUCAGAUUGUGGGAGUAAAAUCCAAAUUGCUUCAACAGGCACUGCAGAAUUUUAAGAUACCCUCUGAUAGAUGGAAUUUACCAGAGUUUAUCACGGGUAAUUUAGCCAAGCAAGUGAGAAGCACUUUGAGAAUUUCGGAGGAAUGCCUUGCUACUGGAAGGGGAGAAAAGCUAAAUGCCAAUUCCGAGUUGCAAGAAAAGGGUCACCUUCUCACAUCUAGUGGCAAAGUUGCUAUUGCUUUAGCUGUGGAUGACAGUGAAAUGCAGGGGAGUGUCUCUGACCCUAAUCUUGUUGACUCUGAAAGAAUGGAGGACUCAUCCUGUCUUUUACUACAGAAAUUACUUUGCGACGUUAAGAAAUUUGUGAAGAUAGAAGACCGUGCAUAUGUGCCUUUGAUUUUGGUUUGCCCUGCUCAUACAAUCAGUUCUCUGAAAAAAUUGUUCUCAAGUCAUGACCACUUUGCUUUCAAUUCUGAGAAGGUCUGGUUCUUGGAAGAAGAGAAGCUGCCAGUUGUUAGUAAUUCGCUCGAAGAACAAAACAAGCAUAAGAUUCUGAUGAAGUCACCAUGGGAAUUACUCCAAACACCAGUUGGAUCUGGAGGGGUUGUUAGCUUACUUUCAUCCAACAACAUAUUAGAGAAUCUCAGCGAAAUGGGGGUGGAGUAUAUUGAGGUUUGCAGCGUUAAUGAAACACACGUUGGCGGGAGAAUGUUACUUGGGCUAGUUAAUUCAUGUGAAGCACAUGUUGGGAUCCGAAUCUUCAAGGAUAUGAAACAUUUUACUGAAAAUUUUCACUUGAUAUUCUCCAUGAAAUUUAUGAAGAAGCUGACAAAACAGAUUGAUAAACUCCAUUUUCAUGCAAUCCCGAAGCCAAAUUCACAUGUAGAGAAGGUUGACAAAGACUGGGUUGAUGUUAUCCCCUCCUUGCCGAACUCUUACGAGUUUCACUGUUCGAUUUACAGUUCUUUGAAUGCUUGCCCUCUUGAUAAGGUUUGUGCAAUGGAGAUUACAGAGUAAUAUAAGAUUUUGAUGUAAUACAUGACUUUUUAGUGCACAUAUAAGAAUAUACAGGAUUUUGUAUCUACAAUGAAGUCUUAUACUCCUGUUUAGCUGUUGUUUUAUUUUUCAUUGGCAAGAAACUCAGGCAAGUUUGAACCCUCA